AUGCGCAGGCUGCCCAGCCGCGGGGGGUGCGCGGAGAAAAGGGGCGGGGUGGUCGGAGCUGCUGUGCUGGCAGCAGUAGGCGAGGGCGCGGCUGCGGGGUUCCUGGUGCUGAGGACGGACGCCAUUGGAGCCCCAGGGAAGAGAGAUCCCACUGGAUCCCGCCCCCUCCCCCUGAAGAGGCCUCACCCUCCCUCCCAGGCUGAGCUCUCUUCUCCUUGGGACCCCCAGCAUGGCUGAGGGAAGCUACCGCAUGGAAUCGGAAACCUACAACGUUGAAGACAUGGACGAGGGUAGUGAUGAAGUCGGGGAGGAGGAGAUGGUUGAAGGAAACGACUAUGAAGAAUUCGGUGCUUUUGGAGGCUACGGCACCCUCACCAGCUUUGACAUCCGUAUCCUCAGAGCCUUUGGGAGCUUGGGUCCAGGCCUUCGCAUCUUAUCGAAUGAGCCCUGGGAACUGGAAAACCCUAUGCUGGCUAGGACUCUGAUGGAGGCAUUUCAGCUGGAUCCAGAGACACUUGCCAAUGAGGCUGCCGCCCGUGCCGCCAACGUAGCCCGCGCGGCCGCCUCCAACCGUGCUGCUAGGGCCGCCGCUGCUGCCGCCCGUGCGACCUAUAAUCAGGUGGUCGCUCACCGCCCGGUGGCCACAGACCCGGCUUCAGGAGAAGCUACCCAGCCCGUGACCUCUGCGGCCCAGGCUCAGGCAGCCGCCCCUGAGACAACCCGUGCUGCUCCGCACGUCUCCCAGAUGCUAGUCAACAGUGAGGUGGCCGCCCCGGGGGCUCCGGCAACGUCCACACAGCCCCAGACGGCCUCCCAGGCCCAGGAGGCCGCUACCGAGGGCCCUAGUACCGCCUGUGCUUUCGCUCAGGCUCCCUGUGCUAGUGAGAUGGAUGCCACCCGGCCCAAGACAGCCUUCCUGGGUCAGAACGAUGUCUUUGAUUUCACCCAGCCGGCAGGUGUCAGUGGCAUGGCCUUCCCACGCCCCAAGAGACCUGCCCCAGCCCAAGAGGCUGCCCCAGAGGGCCCCAGUGCUGCCUCCUCAGGGGUGCCCCCGGCAGCACCUGCUAGGGAAGGGGCAGCCACCCGGCCCAAGACGACCAAGUCCGGAAAGGCUCUGGCCAAGACUCGGUGGGUGGAGCCUCAGAAUGUUGUGGCAGCCCCUGCCACCAAGGCCAAGAUGGCCCCGAGCAUCCCUGAGCCCGAGGGUGCAGCUGCCACCGCUCAGCACAGUGCUGAGCCCUGGGUCAGGAUGGGAGGCAAGAGGACCAAGAAGUCCAAGCACCUGGAUGACGAAUAUGAGAGCAGCGAGGAGGAGAGAGAGCCUCCUGCGGUCCCACAGACCUGGAGAGCAUCGCAGCCCCCAUUGACGGUGCGGGCUCAGGUGGCUCCCCGGCCCCCAAUGGCCCUGAGGUCCCAGGUACCCUCAAGACACGUACUGUGCUUGCCACCCCGGAACGUGACCCUUCUGCAAGAGAGGGCGAAUAAGUUGGUGAAAUAUCUGAUGAUUAAGGACUACAAGAAGAUCCCCAUCAAGCGCUCAGACAUGAUGAAGGACGUCAUCCGAGAAUACGACGAACAUUUCCCUGAGAUCAUUGAACGAGCAACAUAUACUCUGGAGAAGAAGUUUGGGAUCCAUCUGAAGGAAAUUGACAAGGAAGAACACCUGUACAUUCUUGUGUGCACACGGGAUUCCUCAGCUCGCCUCCUGGGAAAGACCAAGGACACUCCCAGGCUGAGCCUCCUCUUGGUGAUUCUGGGAGUCAUUUUCAUGAAUGGCAACCGUGCCAGCGAGGCUGUCCUCUGGGAGGCACUACGCAAGAUGGGACUGCGCCCUGGGGUGAGGCACCCAUUCCUUGGAGAUCUGAGGAAGCUCAUUACGGAGGACUUCGUGAAGCAGAAGUACCUGGAAUACAAGAAGAUCCCCAACAGCAGCCCACCCGAGUAUGAAUUCCUCUGGGGCCUGCGAGCCCGCCACGAGACCAGCAAGAUGAGGGUGCUGAGAUUCAUCGCCCAGAAUCAGAACCGAGACCCCCGGGAAUGGAAGGCUCAUUUCUUGGAGGCUGUGGAUGAUGCUUUCAAGACGAUGGAUGUGGAUAUGGCUGAGGAACAUGCCAGGGCCCAGAUGAGAGCCCAGAUGAACAUCGGGGAUGAAGCUCUGAUUGGACGCUGGAGCUGGGAUGACAUACAGGUGGAGCUCCUGACCUGGGAUGAGGAUGGAGAUUUUGGCGACGCCUGGGCCAGGAUCCCCUUCGCUUUCUGGGCCAGAUACCAUCAGUACAUUCUGAAUAGCAACCGUGCCAACCGGAGAGCCACGUGGAGAGCUGGCGUCAGCAGUGGCACCAACGGUGGGGCCAGCACCAGCAUUCUAGAUGGGCCCAGCACCAGCUCCACCAUCCGGACCAGAAAUGCCGCCAGAACGAGUGCCAACUUCUUCUCCUGGAUCCAACAACGCUGAUGAACCGCGGCUGUCCCUCAUCAAGCCAGAGUGCCUCCUCGGAUCCCUCCUUCACACAGCACUCUAGGCAGCUUCUACCUGCCCAUCCAAGAUGGCAUGCAAGAUGAAGCUCCCUUUGCCCUUCCUGCUUUUGUUGUGUGCUUUUGUUGUGCGCUUUUGUCGUGUUUUCAUGUUUUUGGUAUCAGUGUUACAGUAAAGUUGCAAAAUU